AUGGUAGAUGCGUAUAUUCUAAAAUUCUAAUUCGUCUAUGAGAAUGGUAGAGGUAUUUGUUUGCAACAACAAAGCAUAUACACGUCAAGUCCAAAUAAGGAGUUGUCUGCAGACAUCUCAAAGUUCGGUUGAAUGUUCAACCCACUUGCAGCCGAGCCUGCUGCAAUUAACGCCAUCUUACUGCGAAAAGGUACAGUACGGUUCUUCCUCCAAAGCAUAUGUAGUGCUUUUUGGCAACACUGAAAGUGUUACAAGUCUUUUUGACGUUCUUUCGUCGAUGAUGGCCCAGAUCCUACUAUGGUCGACCUUAUUUUUUUUUUUUUGGCUAGCCUUGAACAUGGCCUUGGAACCGGAGAGUAGGUAUCAGGUGUUCUGAUCUCGUAUUCCACCCCCACUUUUUGCUUUCUUCCCACUAAUAUAGCGACGUGUCCAUGGCUAUUUGGGCAGAUUCUGUAGCGCGAACUUGUGGGAAAGCGUAUAAUAGGACGACCGACCAGCUGGGACGGUAUUCCAACUCGCUCUACUGAUUAGCGUGAAAUUCUCGAAAAGACUAUUGCCAAUCGGAGCUAAGCGGAGAUUUAAUCUGGAAUACGAGCUGCCAAUCUCAUGAUGCUUGCUCUUGCAUACGGUCGUAAAGGCAGAAAAAAAAGGUAGUAUGUC